AGCUUCCGCCUGGGCGACGGUUUCCUGGCAACCAUGGCCGAGAAGACUCUGAAUUUUAACGUGGGCGUCCUGGGCCACAUUGACAGCGGCAAGACGGCGCUGGCCCGGGCUCUCAGCACCACCGCCUCCACCGCGGCCUUCGACAAGAACCCGCAGAGCCGGGAGCGAGGGAUCACGCUGGACCUCGGCUUCUCGGCCUUCAGCCUGGCGCUGCCCGAGCGCCUGAGAGCGCCGAGCGGCUGCGAGAGACUCCAGUUCACGCUGGUGGACUGUCCAGGACACGCCUCGCUCAUCAGGACCAUCAUAGGAGGUUCCCAGAUCAUUGAUCUGAUGAUGCUGGUCAUUGAUGUGACAAAGGGGAUGCAAACACAAUCUGCAGAAUGCCUGGUAAUUGGUGGAAUUACCUGCCCGAAAAUGGUGGUGGUGCUGAACAAGAUUGAUAUGCUACCUGAGGCAAAGAGGCAAACAGCCAUAGAAAAAAUGACCAAGAAAAUGCAGAAGACUUUGGAGAAUACAAGGUUUAAUGGGUGCCCCAUAAUCCCUGUUGCUGCUAAACCCGGAGGACCUGAUGCUCCAGAGACAGAGACUGCACAGGGCAUAUCUGAACUCAUUGAGCUCCUGAAGUCGCAGACGUACCUGCCAAAACGUGAUCCUUCAGGAUCCUUCCUCAUGGCUGUUGACCACUGCUUCUCGAUCAAAGGUCAGGGGACGGUGAUGACGGGAACCAUCCUCUCUGGGUCUGUCAGCGUUAAUGACAGCGUGGAGAUUCCAUCCCUCAAGGUCACCAGGAAGGUCAAGUCCAUGCAGAUGUUUCAUAAACCAGUGACCAACGCCAUCCAAGGUGACCGGGUAGGGAUCUGCGUAACCCAGUUUGAUCCAAAACAGCUGGAACGAGGCCUGGUCUGUGCCCCACUGUCCCUCUGCACCCUUUACGCGGCUAUUAUCACAGUGAAGAAAAUCUCUUAUUUUAAAGGAUCGGUCCACACUAAGGCUAAAUUCCACAUCACAGUCGGGCACGAAACGGUCAUGGGAAGGGUGACAUUUUUCAGCCCUGCUCCUGAUGAUUUUGAUAGUGACCCUGUGACUGAUCAUUUUAACUUUGAUAGAGAAUACCUAUACCAGGAAGAGUACUUGACUGCAGAAAAGGGGAUUAAUUCUUCCGACCAAAUCAAAGGUGUCAGUUCACCAGAUAGACCUCGUGUGCCCAAACAGCAGUGGGCCCUGUUGGAGUUUGAGAAACCUGUGACGUGCCCCAAGCUUUGCCUUGUGAUCGGUUCAAAGCUGGACACUGACAUCCAUGCCAAUACGUGCAGGCUUGCUUUUCAUGGAGUGGUGCUGGAAGGCUUUGAGGUGAAGCACUACGCAGAAACCGCUCUGCCCAAGCUGAAGGUAUUCAAGCUCAAGCACAAAGAGGGGCAAGUAGAAAGGGUCUUGGAUGAUUACAGUGUUAUUGGUCGCUCACUGUUCAAGAAAGAAACCAACAUGCAGCUGUUUGUCGGGAUGAAGGUUAAACUGUCGACUGGAGAAGAUGGGGUGAUUGAAGGUGGAUUUGGGCAGAGCGGAAAGUUUAAAAUCCGAAUACCAAAUUGUUUGAGACCAGAUACUCGUCAGUCGCUCACUGCAACAACCAAGAAAAAAUCCAAAUCGGGGAAAGGUGAUUCGAUCAAAGAAGAAGAUGGGAAGAUUGACAUACAGCCUGUGAUGAUCAUCCUAGCCUUUAAGAGAUAUUUGUUUGACCCACGCAAGCAAAUGAUUCAGUCUUGAUGGCUGGGUUUCUUUGGGCAGGGGGUAAAUUUGCAUUCCUUUAAGUGCCCUUAAUUAGUAUUGUGGAAGAGUGAUGAUCUUGAAAGAAUUGACUCUUUGAAUACUGAAUAAAUACUGUGUAAUGAGAAUACAGGGUAUGUUCACGAUUAGAAAACUACAAGUACCUCAGGACUGAUAACCUGAUUGAACGGCUCUGGAGAGAUGAAUCAAAACUGAGUUAGAGUGGGUCUUCGAAUUGAGAAAAAUACUUCCUAUUUCCCAGUCUAGCAACAGUGACCUUUUACACCGGGUGUCUCCUUUUGACAGUUUAUUUCCAUUUCCACUUCCUUGUGCAUCCCAGCAACAUAUAUCUUCCCCGCUCGCUUGACAAGUUAGGAUAUCGAUCUGGUCUAAGAUCUUUACAAUGUUGUGCAGCUGAUCAGCAAGUCAAUGCACAAGAGCAGCCCAGAAUUCAAACUUCUUCCAAUCCUCCCUCCUUCUCACUCCUCAGAAUGUUUGUGUGAAUGUCAGAUCAUAUGAGGGACUGGCUCUGGCUCAGGGGUGAUACCCUCACAGACAUAUAGCUUGAGCACAUUCACUACUGAGACACAAAAGAUGGACAUUAUCGGGCGGUAUUGGAGAACUGACCCCAGUAGGGGUUGGGACGGGGGGGAAAAAAAUAUUUAAAGUAAAAUAAAACGAUGUCAAUUCAGUGAUA